GUGACAAUUUUCGUCGUUGGGAACAAAAACUAAGAGCACACAAUUUGCAAAUUCCCUAACAAAGGAAACCAACAAAAAUUCCCGUGGCCGGAGAAAUGGAAAAGUUCCCGGUGACACGACAGAAUUCCGAGGAAAUCGACAAGUUCCUCGACGGAGCGGCGAGUUUUGCCGACAUGAUGUUUGGGUUCUUGGACGGAAGCAAUGAGUCAGAGGAAAAUUUUCUUGACCUUGAUGAAGAUGCUAAUGACGAUAAGGAUCUUAGCCAGGUUGAACAGAACAAGAUUUUCUGGGAAGCCCAAGAACAGCUUCUUCAGGCAACAUUGUACCGAACUACUUCUCUGGAAUCAAGAAUUCGACAAGCUACAAAAGAGGCAUUGAGGGAAUUAGAUGUGAUGGGAGUGCAAUGCGCUUGUCGGAGACCGGUGGCCGGAGGUUGCCGGAACUGCUUGCAAAGAGAACUCUCGAUUUGUCUUCAAAACGUUGGUUUCAAUUGUUACAUAUGCAGGUCCAAGUGGCGGAGCUCCCCUGAAAUUCCCUCAGGGGAGCACACGUACUUAGAGGUGUUGGACAAAUCAAACCCCAAAAAGGGAGAGGUAAGGGUCGUCAUCGAGUUGAACUUCCGAGCUGAAUUCGAAAUGGCAAGGGCCAAUGAAGAUUACAACAAGUUAAUCGCCCGGCUUCCAGAACUAUUGGUUGGUAAAGCAGAGAGGCUAAAAGCAUUGAUCAAGAUUCUAUGCACUGCAGCCAAAAAAUGCAUGAAAGAGAAAAAAAUGCACUUGGCCCCAUGGAGAAAGCAUAAGUACAUGCAAGCUAAGUGGUUAGGAACAUUCGAGAGAACCACGCCGGCACCUUUGCCGGUGGGAUAUUCGGACCGGCCACAGAAGCCCAAGGCUUCCAUGCUAACCUUUGAUCUGCUGGAGAAUUUGCCUGCCUUGCAUUGCACUGCCGUGGAAGUUGUGUGGUGAUGAUAGAGAGACAUAAUUUUGUUGGCGGAAAUAAAAAAUUAAGUUUUGAUUGCCUCAUAAAUAUUGAUAGUAAAGUAUAUAAAUUCUUACUAUGAGCUUUCCAGAAUCGCCGAGGCUUGCUAGAACUUGUGAUAGAGAAUGACGAGAAGAAUUUUACUUGUUUCAGGCUUUACGAGUUUUCUACUUAGAGGAUAAUGUUAAUCACGAAAGUGUCUGUAAAUACAUCAGUUGUUAAUCAUUGUAUUCAAUAUUAUUCUGGUACUUACUAAGAA